AUGGGCGCCUCUCUAGCCGAUCGCUUGGAAACAAUUGCCUCUGAAAAAAAGUUGACUAUUCUUCAAGUAAAGCGACUGCUUAAGGACGUUCUUACUAAUCCGUCUGUUGUAAAUGCGUUCAGACAGUACAUGAGCGGUCAACUUACUUUAUUGGAACCAGAGACAGGUGCCGCUUCCACUUCUACACGAAGACAUGCUCAAUUUCUUGGGUUUGAUCUUUCAGCUUUUGGCCCCCGUUCUAAUAUAAUGGAUAUUUUAUCACGAAGAUCGGUUACUAGGUCAUUGGCCAAGAAAUUGAAGGCUGAGGCGGCCCAAAACAAUUCCGCUUUAAUCCAUGACAAAGGUAGUCGCGGCAUUUUGUCAUCAGAUGGCGACUUUUCCCAACAAAAGCCCACGACUUUGCUUGAUAUGGACUUUUCUGACGGAGACGAUGACGCAGAAUGUGGAGUGGAUGGGGCGAAUAUUGAAAAAUCCAUUGAACCUACCACUGGAGAUGGUGUUUCUGCAUCUUUCAACAAUGCUACUGGUCAUCAGCGGGAUGAGGAUUACCACCCAACAGCGGACGACAUCAGUCUUAUGCAGCGCGAUAUCUACUACGACCUUGAGGACACAGAAGUGAAAUCUGUCUCUAGCAGUGCGUUAGAAGGAGAGGAUGAUGAAGUAGACAGCCCCACGACUAGUUUAUGUACCGUCGAACCCUUCGACACACCUCAUCGAGACUACUACCUGCGUUCGCGAAAAAGCGAUGAUGCCUCCAUGCAGGACUGUCUUAGCGGAUUGACACCUAACAUACUGAACAUGCUUGACGAAGACGAUCCCCAUGUGGAUGCUGGAGUAGAUGCUCUGAAAUUUGCUGAAUCCAUGUCCGCAUCCAACAUUAGUAUUGAAAAUGAUCCUGAGGAUCAGAUAUAUACUAGUUUUUUGAAGUCACUCUUUGAGUCAUCUCCACAAAAAACUAACGAUUUACCUCCUGACGUUGGAUUGCAACCACCCGACCCUAUGUUGAAUCCAGAUGCCUUGCAAUGUAUUUCGGAAACAUCGAACAUACCCAUGAGCCAGGACUACACUGCCUUAAAUGAGAGCAAAUUGGGCGUAGACGAAUGCGAUGAUCCUGAUUUUGAUGUUAUGGCUGAAUUGGAGUCCUUUUGUUACGACGAUCUCUUUGAUGAGCUGAGAUCCGAUCGUGCUGUUCGUAUCUCGAAAAUGGAAGCCAAGGAGUUGCGGCGAGACUUAGUGGACCUACUAAGCGAAGAUACAUUCUUUGGAGAAGAAUUUUCCACGCAUGUUAAGGCUCCUACUUCAACAAAAUCAUCCACUGGGCUGCAUAAAGCUUUCAGUGGAACAACUGCCGAUGAAUCUUCAUACCCUCCUCUACCACCGCCUCCCUUUGAUUACAAUACAAAUGAACGUAUUCGACGCCAAAUUUCUAUGCACUUGCAACUCCUCUGUUCCACCCUGGCCUGCUGCGUCCACCGAAUAGAUCUGGAGAGGUCAGUAUGCAACGUCGUGCGUGAGGCCUUUACUAACUUUCGUGGUGCCUUCCGGGCAGCUAAAAAGGAUCCCUACACAUAUGUCACAGGUCUUUCAGAACUCAACGAGCUUUUCUCAUCCGUAUCUGCUUUUAUGACCGAGUUCGCUGGUCUCACUGUCCUUCCACUACCACCACCCAUUUCUCCAGCCUCCGCCUCGAAUCCCCCUCUCCUACCCCUCCCAUUUAACCUACUCGACUUUGUCACUCGGAGCUCAAUUUGGGCCUACCCGCAUUUCCUCCCUCGGGGUCUGGCGUCCAGACCUCACACACUCUCAAAAAGACUUUUCACUAAAGACGAAGACAACCUCAUUGUUCUUGGCCUGGCCAAUCUGAUUGAGUUUGCUCCGCAUCGAUUCAACCUCUUCGCAGAGAGCCUCAACCGCCGCAACAAACCCGCAGUAGAUAACUCUACCGCCGCCGUAGCUAAGCGUGCUAUGGUGUUUGACUUCAUCACCAAAACUCUCAUACCCACCAAAACCAGCCUACAGCUGCAUAAUCGCAAACUAUACAUGGAAAGAAUGAUACAUCGAGACUGGCUAAAUGUCAGGCGAAAUGCAAAGUCUUCCUUCUACCUCCUCAUCCUCGACCUCAUUUCGGGGGAUUUUGAGGGAUUGCAGGCACAUCGAGAUCUCCUUCGUGCCUGUGUCACCAGCUUCGCACAUCGCACGUGCGCUGCUUCUGUUUGUGGUGGCGUGCUACAGCGGGGCAGUGUUUUCUCGCGGCCUGACUGUUGGUCACUCUUGCCACCCGAAUACGUCCAUUGCUGCCGUACUCUGCAGGCGCAGCUGGAAGCGGGAACCACGGGCACUCCGCAGCCCUCCGUAGAAACUCUACUCCCUGUCUUUUCCGAGGGUGCGCCGCAAAAUGUGGGGUUCUUCUUAUCUGCAAUGCUCACUUGGUGGCCUUCUAGUGAUGGAAGUGAGGCAGGGAAUCGGGAAGAAGAUAUACCUGAAUUCACUGCCUUCCCUUCUCCUUCACCACCAGUCGAAGCGCCGUCAGCCAACAUGGUCAUUUUACUGCCUACUAUGGUUCAACCCGUCAUCAACUCUCCUAUAAGACCAUCUUCAUGUCACCUUUCUCUUCCAGUCACAACUAACUUGCCACCUCAUUCAGGUCCUUCAAGAACUGUACCACCUUUUCUACCACCCAAACGCCUCCUCCCAAGUUUACUAACUCAACCAACCUCAUCCAAGCCUUCUGAUGCACCACCUCCCAAAUCGUCUCGCCCUAAUCAGAUCCAAGAGCAUCGAACAACUCCAAUGUCCAAUAACAAUGAUGAUUGCACUCGGAAUAACACUACUUCUCAGUUUCUGCCUCAAGUGAGCAAAAUAAUUCACUCUUUUCAUGUGGUCCUUGAUCGCGUACUUCGCGGUCGAACCUCACUCUCGCAACCCCGCUCCUCUACCUCUGCUGCAUUAACCGCUCGCUUCCUUCGACGCUGUCGUCGUGGCACACCGGCCUGGCUGCCCAGUGUUACUACGGCUGUUAAGGAAGCAGAUGAGUCAGACGUCCGACGGGCACGCUGCCUUCUUGACCGCUGCCGUCUUCACCUGGGCCGUCAGGCACACGAAGAGAUUGUCCGUUCUCUAACUGAGCAUCAACCCAUCGUUCCACUUGAGCGCCUUCUCUGCCUCCUCUCUCCAUCGCGUCCUCUGUGGGAGGAGUUUGUGGACCUCUGCUUAACUCCCGGGCAGGCUCGAUCCCUCAAUAUAUACCCUAUCUACGCACACUUACAACGUGUGGGAGAAAUCAAUUCUCUCCUUCACGCCUCUCUUCCCCGUGCCAAGCGACUCUGGUCGAGAUUAAAGAAGCUGGCAGACGCUCGGGAAUCCGAAGAGCUGAGAACCCCAGCAAUUGAGGGUGCGCCUCACCUUUCUGAAUCUCCACGUGGCGGUGGCAGUAGAAAGCGAGCGAAAAAACGUCAUCGAAGACACCAAGGCUUACAUAACGUAGAUGAGGAUGAGGAAGCCGGAGACAGGCAGAAGGCACCGAGAGACGUCUAUAAAUUAGCUUGGUCUUUGUUGGAGGCCGCUCUAAAGGAUCGCUACGCCCUGCAUGCUCAAACGGCUAUCUCACUUGAUCCCUUUCAGAGGCCCUAUUCCAACUUCUCUCAGACAUUUGAAGUGGUCGAGACACUGGCUCGGAAGCCUUCAACAUCGCUGGAACAUGCUCCAAGCCUUCAACAGGCUUCGAUGCCUCCUAAGCCGCUACCAAGGCUAGUGGACGUGUUCGCUUGCCGAUCCAAUCCAAUGUUAGAUGGCGCUUUUGUGGAGAGCCUUCAGUGGGACGUAUCCACGGAGUUAUCCUCCAAUGCCCUGGCAACGGCAAAAUCGAAAUUAGCUAACCGAUGUCCCUGUUCUUGCCAUGACAAGAGGAAAUGGACAGCCAUAACUCCACAGACACCCUCACAGUCUCACCAGCUGGGUCCUUCAACUCCUUCUGGAAGUAAGUCUUCUGCCAAAGCGGAUAGUCUGGGCCUCCGGCACUGCAUUAAAUGCAGUCUUCGGGUUCACCAAGGUGUAGUUUAUGUUGAUGAAUGCAAUUUCCACCUGACACACGUCCAAAUCAUCUGGCCAGAGGGUUUUAAACCUCCCAUGCCCUCCCCAGCUGCUUGCGUCUAUCCUCUUCCUCCACCCUCUUCUACACCUCCUUAUCCUCAUCCGCCUCUUGCUCUCUCGACCCCACUUAGCACUCAGCAAGCGCUUCAGGCCUUGGACGUCUAUCAAAAAUCAAAUCCUGAUGACAAUGCUUUCAUGGUACCCGAUUUGGCUCGACGCCAAGUAUCUGUAGAUUUCGGCGAACUAGUUCUUCCCCCUACUAGGAAGCCUAUCGAUCUACCCGCCAGUCCAACUGCUCUCUCUCCCAUGACCGAGGAAUGCGUUAAGUCUCUCACCUCAAAUGGCAUGGCCUACUCUUCUUCAUCACCCGUUUACCCACCCUCUAUCUUCCAAAUACCUCCAGUCGAAGUUGAUGAUGAGGCUUGCUUUAACACCGAAGCCUUCACGCAGUGCAACAGGGAGAAGCAAAUCCCAACGGUGACUACAAUCACCUCCUCUCCAACUGGUGGUGCUGGUCAGUCUUCAGCGUGGUCAAUGGCGGAGGACCGCCGGCUUUUAGAGUACUUCCGUGAUGUUGGUCGGUGUUCGUCUCGACUCUUCCGCAAGUUAGCCGCGCAGUGGCCUGAGCGAUCGAUGGAGGAGAUGAUGGCACGAUUCAAGUAUCUCAUGCUAGUCGCUUAUGGUGAGGACUACAACAUGGAUUUGAUCUGCAGCGAAGAUGGUAUCAGUGAUGAAGACUACGAUGACGGUGAUGGCAGUGGUGGCUGUGAAAGCAGUUGCGAAGGUAGCGGCAGCCCA